AAUGUCAAACGCGUUAUCAACAUGUCAUUAGCGAACAACAUUCCGUAAUAUAUAUUUUUUUUUUAGUUUUAAAAAAACAUGAAUUUAUCAUUAAAAUCGAAAUAAGUUAUAUUUUUAAAUAAUCCGAGGAAGUGGUAUUCGCCUCAAAACAAAAUAAGUGCAUUAAGUUAACUAUAGGUACCACAUCAGUCAAAAGAUAGGGCAACCGCAGUGUUACAUUUUAGGAAAAGAUCGGCUGCGGUGUCAAAAAAUAAAAAUGGGAAAACUCCUGUCAAAAAUAUUCGGCAAUAAGGAAAUGCGAAUAUUGAUGUUGGGGCUUGAUGCUGCUGGAAAAACUACUAUUUUAUAUAAACUAAAAUUAGGUCAAUCUGUUACAACAAUACCAACGGUAGGAUUCAAUGUGGAAACUGUCACGUACAAGAACGUGAAAUUUAAUGUUUGGGAUGUUGGGGGGCAGGAUAAAAUCCGUCCUCUUUGGAGACAUUAUUAUACAGGAACGCAAGGACUAAUUUUUGUAGUUGAUUGUGCGGAUCGAGAUAGAAUUGACGAAGCGCGCACAGAAUUACAUCGAAUUAUAAACGACAGAGAAAUGAGAGACGCAAUUAUAUUGAUUUUUGCCAAUAAGCAAGAUCUAUCCGAUGCCAUGAAACCACAUGAGAUUCAAGAGAAACUAGGACUCACAAGAAUACGAGAUCGAAACUGGUACGUGCAGCCGUCAUGCGCAACAUCUGGUGAUGGUCUGUACGAAGGAUUAACAUGGCUCACGUCGAAUCAUAAGUUAUGAGAAUCAAUUAGAAAAAUUAAUGUUUUUACGAUUUAAAAGAGAAAAAGUAUAUAUAUUUCUGAUCUAGUGUUUUCCCAUGUGAGCAAAAAAUAAAAUAUAAUUGUAUGUUUAACAUUUCAAUCGCAUACACAAUUUUAAGAUUCUAGCGUUAGACCUAUGUACAUGUAAAUUAAUUUUAAUUAAACCUUAAUUUCCAUGGCAGAUUUUAAGUUUGCUUUUCGAAGAUCUAAAUUUUAUUUAACUAUCCAUAUUGAAUAAGACAUACUCUAAUUUUUGAUUUCUCCUUCAAUCGCUUUUCGAAGAAAAAAAAAAUAAUAAGUGUAAACAACACUGCAUUCGCUUCAAUGCUCUUUGCCUAGGAAAACAAUAGUUUAGGAAAUAUGUAUAGUAAUUGUGUAUAUGAAUAAAUUGUAUAUAAUAUAAUAUUAAUUUUCGGUUCAGAGCUAAAAAGCUUAUUUUUAUUUGCCCUAUACGUAGUGAAAACCACUUUUAAAAGUAUUCGAUUGAAAGAUAUUCAAUAAAAGAAUCAAUAAAAUA